AUGGAUGUUCAACCAAUUUAUCAAGAAUAUUCUGCUUGCGAUGUAUCUUUAAUUCUUCCUAUUCAACAACCUGUUGAUUAUCAACAAGAUACUAUCCCACAACAAUCUUUCGAUACUAUGGAUAUUCAACGUAAUUUCCAAGAAUAUUCAGAUGAUAAUACUAACGAUGUAUCUUCAAUUCUUCCUAUUCCUGUUGAUUAUAAACAAGACACCAUCUCACAACAAUUCUCCGAUAAUAUAAAAUUUGAAUUUUAUCUUCCUUUACCAAAUGAUGCACAUGUCUAUGUUACUUAUACCGAAUUAAAUUUAACGGAAAUCGCGCAACUCUUAAAUAAUAGAAUUGAUUUAUCCCACAUUCCCGAUCAUCGACUUCCAUAUAAUUAUAAAGUACAACAUUUAAUUUGUCAACAAAUUGUUCAACAACCUGUUGAUUAUCAACAAGAUGCCAUCCCACAACAAUCUUUCGAAGAAUAUUCAGAUAAUAGUACUAACGAUGCAUCUUCAGUUCCAAACAGUCCUGAAGACGGGUACAAUUCAAUUACAUCAAAAUAA